AUGGACAAUGAGAAAGUGACAGAUACAAAUCCAAAAGAACCUUCAAAUGUUGAAUCUAUCAUUACAACAUCAGAAGUAACACCUUCACCACCACCAUCAACAACAACUUCAACUACCACAAACGCAACUACAACUAUCACAACUUCACAACCACAAGCAAAUAUAAUUGGAGGUAAAAGAAGUAGAAAAGAUGAUGAGAUUAUAUCAAUUCAAGAAGCAUUGAAUGAUCAAUUAGAAGAGGAAAAGAAUUUAUUAGAGGAAGCAAAAGAACAAGAACAAGAGGAUUGGGGUGAUGAAAGUAUUUGUACUUUUGAUAAAGGUUAUAUUAAUCAAUCUGUAUUUGCUUGUAAAACUUGUCAAUUAUCAAAUGAUAAAUUAUUUGGAUUUUGCUAUGGAUGUUCAAUGCAUUGUCAUUUAUAUCAUGACGUUUAUGAGUUAUUUAAUAAAAGGAAUUUUAGAUGUGAUUGUGGUACAAAAAUUCAAGAACCUAAUAAUAGUUUUAAAUGUCAAUUAUCAGGAAUUCUUAAAGAAGAUGAUAAUAAUAAUGUUAAUAAUAUUAAUAAUAGUAAUAAUACAACUACAACUACAACAACAACAACAACAACAACAACAACAACAAAUAAUAACCAUUUAAAUGAUAUUGAUAUUGGAUCAUAUGAUAAAAGUCAAAUUUUAAAUGAAAGAAAUCAUUAUAAUCAUAAUUUUAAAGGAAAAUAUUGUUAUUGUGAUAGUCCUUAUGACUAUAAAGAAGAUAUGAUUCAAUGUAUAUUUUGUGAAGAUUGGUUCCACGAGAAUUGUUUAAAAUUAAAUUCAAACGUUACAGAUAUUCCAAGUCCUGGUGAAUUUUCAGAUUUAAUUUGUGCUGAUUGUUUAUCAAAAAAUCAAUUCCUUUUAUUAUAUCCACAGAUUAGAUGUUAUAUUGAAAAUGAUCAUAUCAUAAUUGGUGAUAAUAAUAAUAAUAACAAUAAUAGUAAUAAUAGUAAUAGUAUUUGUAAAGUUGAAGGUGGAGUUAUAACUCCAAACAAAAAGUAUGAUUUAUUUUGUAAAGAGUUAUGGAAAGAUGAGUUAUGUAGUUGUUUAAAGUGUAAAGAAAUUUAUAAAGAUAAAAAAGUUGAGUUCUUAUUUGAAAAAGAUGAAAACUCUUUAAAAAAAAAGAAUAAAACUGUAGAUGAAAAUCUUGAUAAUAAACCUGUUAAUGUUUUUGAAAUGGGUCAAGAUGUAUUUAGUAAAACAUUACCACCAACUCAACAAAGAGCUCUAAUAGAAGGUUUUAGUGAUAUGAAAGAGAAAUUAAAAGAGUUAUUCUCAAAGAAAUUAGAUAAAAAUCAAGUAAUUACAAAACAAGAUAUUCAAUCAUUUUUUGUGGACUUGAAUGUAAAUAAAAAAUUUAAGAAAUAA